UCUACGUAAGACGUUUCUGUGUCCACCUUUUACUAGCUGGCUUUCCCUGAUCAUGUUUAGAGCUGCCGUCCGACUUUCUGUCUCCGGUGUCCGGAGUCUUACCCAUACGCGCCGUGGGUGCCAAGCUCCUCUAGCCUUAAGAUGUUAUUCACAUGGGAAGCAGGAGACGGAUGAAGAGUUCGAUGCCCGCUGGGUAACCUAUUUUAACAAGCCAGAUAUUGAUGCAUGGGAACUGAGAAAAGGGAUGAACACAUUGAUCGGGUAUGAUUUGGUACCUGAGGCAAAGAUACUUGAAGCAGCGUUGAGAGCUUGUCGAAGAUUAAAUGACUUGGCUAGUGCCAUUCGAAUCUUGGAAGCUGUCAAGGACAAAGCUGGUCCCCAUAAAGAAAUCUAUCCAUACCUGAUUCAAGAGCUGCGGCCUACACUAGAGGAGCUUGGGAUCUCCACUCCCGAGGAGCUUGGCAUAGACAAAAUAUAAAGACUUCUGACAACAGUGGGAAUACCCGGACAUGGAAAACCUGUGCUUAAAUCUCUGCCUCAUGUAAUAUGUUUUGUGAUAUUUAAUUUCCCCCAUUAUUGGGUUCUUUUGCUUGUAAAUUUUUAAUGAACCUAAUAAAAGAGAAAAAUGUUUUGUGUGUGUAACACAAGAGUUUUGAGAUAAUUGUGGAGUUGAUUCAAUCUCAAAAUUUCCUCAUGCAGUAAUAUGUAUUGCUGGAAGCAACAAUCCUCAAGAUCAUUUUCUUUAACCUACUAACACCUAAGGUGAUAUGUGGUAAUUGCAGUGAUGUGAGAGCCCUCCAUAUCCCCGCGAUCCAUUUGAAAUGAAGGAGCAACCACUGCUGUUGGCUCAGCACCUUCCCCACCACCAAACUAAAAAGCAUAGUUGAAUCUGGGUUUUAGCUAUCAAUGUUGCAAUAUCAGUCUGUAAAGGCCUUUGAUGAGUUCACUUUGCCAUAUGUGUUUGCAAGGUACAACAACAUUGCUGCCUCUUCAAACUUUACACUUCUCUGUUUGAAAUACUAUUUGUCAUAUCUUUUUCUCAGUACCGUUCCACUCAGCAAAAACCACUGAAAUGUACAAAAGCGUUCCAUGAGUUGGAUAUUUGCAGAUUAACUGUCGCGUUAACUACACCUGUGAGAAAGCAUCAAAAAGACUUUUGUUUGCAUGUGAAUCUUAAGGAUUGUAGCUUUGAGAGUACCACAGAUUACAUGACAACUGCAACUGCCCAAUGGCUUAAAUGCAGAGAACAAAUUCAUUGUAAGAAUACAAUUUGUUGUAAGAAUACAAUGUCAAAUAAAGUGGGUUUCGUCAUGGAUGUCCUGGGCAUGCCCUCUUGUGAGGCUCAUGGUAUACCACCACCAGAGAGCAGCAUUUAUGUAUGAAUGUAAAGCUAAUUCAUUUACUGUACAUUGUUCAGAAAACACUUUUUUAAUUUCAGGGAAACAUGCUAGCAAAAUAAACUUGUUUAAGUGAUACAUGGUUUGACAUUUUAUUAUCACAUUCUACCAUUAACACUUGCUUUGUUGAUAUGAGCAAAUAAUUUCUAAGCUUGCCUGUCAAGUGUUUCACAGGCAGAGCAAUAGGACAGCUGGGUAUAUCAAUUGAAUGCAUUGUUUUUUUCCAAAAAUGUUCUUAAGGCAGCUUUUCAAAGUAAUUGAAUACUUCGUAAAGCUUAAAGGACACUAAUAGGAAAAAAAAACUUUUUUUCUGUUUAUAUGUUUUUGUGUCAUUUUGAAUCAGAGGCAAUCAUUUCAAUCAUUAAAAGCUGUGCCCAAAUGUAAUGGAAGUAAAGAAAUCACUAUGAUUGGAU